CACUCACUGUCGUCGACCACCUUCGUUUCUCUCUUCAAACUACCACAACAAUAACAACAACCACAACAACCAGCCAUGGCUUCCAUCACCACCACCACCACCCGUUCAGCCCUCAUUUCCCUCCUCCAUGACCUCCUUGCAUUGGACUCAGUCCAGUUCCGGACUGAGUCUCCAGGUCCAAUUGAUACCCCCACGAAAACACUGAUGAUGCGGGCUGCCCAGUACGAAUCCACUACAAUCCUACAGCUCGUCGAAAUCAACCUCCACAUCCUGCUCAGUCAAUACCCCUUCAAAAUUACGCACACAGACUUGAGUUCUUAUCAGCAGCGUUUCUUUAUGCUAUGGACUGGCAAGCACGAGGACGAUGCAGCACUGGGCAGGUAUCCUGCCCAUGGAAAAGGGAAGGAGAAGGAGGAUAAUGGCCCACUGACUGCCGCCACGGGGCUUUCCUUCCUGACUGCCAUACGCCCCAACUUUCACCGGCUCGGUGACUCAGGCUUCCGCUUCGUCUCGGAGCUGCUCCUCUACUGUAUCCAGACGCUAUCACUGGAGGGGACAGGCGGGCAUGGGAAUAUCCGCGAAUGGGUGGAUGUCCAUGGCACUGCUGUUACGGUGCUUUCGGAGCUAUUGUAUAGCAUUCCCGUGACAGGUUGGGCAGGUCUUGAUGAGCUGGCCGAGUGCACAUUUCCGAUUUGGCAGUGUUUGCUGCUGUUGACCACCGGGGCCAAUUGGUGGCGCGUGGAGAGUGAGCAGUAUAGGCAGAAUACACUACGGCUGGCGAAGUCUCUCCUUAAAUUGCCGAACUGCUCAUCACUGCUCAAAGGCCUGCUCCGCGUGGAUAUGCGGCCUGCGGAUGUGCACAACAUCAUCACUGCGGUACUGCAGCCUCUCGAGCGGCAAUUUGGCAUCGAAACCCCCGAAUACAUCAAUGCGUUUACUCCGGCGCCCUUCAAUUUCCCAAACGCCGCAGCCCUGGACAAACACGAUUUCUCGAAGGAGUAUGAAUUUUCAAAUCUCAGAGUGAUGUUUGUGACCUGGAUCAACAGCGAUCCGAUGGCGAGAAGGAUGUCGGAGUUCAGGGCACCGUGGAAUAUCGAGGUUGUGCUACAGCAUACCGAGGCAUACAGGAGGUUGAAGGCACAUCCGGAGAGCGCCAUCAGGGUGGCGCUGAUUUACAUCUUCAACCAAGUCCAACGGGGUUUUCUGGAUUUCAAGCCGUGUUCGGAUGCUAAAGUGAUCGAGUUGCUGCAUGACUACAUCAGCUACGUGAGUCUUCUUCCGCGGGUGAGCAAAUCAAAAACUCCGAAGGCUACCGCACGCGAUGCUCUGGAGCUUGGUCCUCAAUCCUUCGUGGCUGCAAAUGCGGAGUGGGUCAUUCCCUGGCUGUGGAAGAGAAGAGCUACGGAUUCGACGUUUGUGAUGGCCAUGACCGCCACUUGGCUCGAGACUACAUGCACCGGUGAAUGGUCCGAAACGCAUGUGGUGUUCAAAAUUAUUUCGGAACAUGCCGAGACUGCUUUUAGUGUAUUCCAUGACUUCUUUAGCGAAGUGUUCAAUUCCGGGUUUAUCUCCAACGCUGAUAAUCCGUUGAAGAUCGGUGCACAAAUGCAAAAGGUUCUCCUCAUAGUCUUGAAGGUCAUCCUACUUAUCAAGAAGGAUAAACCGGCGCUGUUAACCCAACAGCUUGCCAUGCUUAUCAUCAGAUGUUUUGUGGCCGCCGGGGAAACGGAGUGGAUUCCUAUCGAAGCAUGGUGGAGGUGCCGCAAUGUAUUGGUCUGUUUUCCAAGAAAUAAGCUUUCUAGUGCCACAAAACUGGCACAGGUAGUCGCAGGAAUUAAUGACAUGGUACCGCUAUUCCUAAGGGAUAUGGAAGCGAUCUGCACGAUCUGUGGAAAAAAUCAAGCGGCCGGCAUGCCACUAGAGAAGCUCGAAGAGCAUAUUGAGACGCUCACAGCCAUGAUUCAGUUUUCGACGUUGCUGGCCAGGUCUCACGAGGCAAUAUGCACCGCAUUGGCCACCCGUUUUGACCUUGAGAUGGCGGCUCGUCAAUACAUUGUGGCUUGCUACAGUCCACUGCUCACCUCGAGGUUGAGCGCGCUCCAUUCGGCAUCGGUAGGAGCCUUAGUCGAGCUUCUUGUUGUGACAGGAGUCGGUUUGAAUAGGCUGGGCAGAAGGAUCCUGGAAGAAUCCACGGAUGUUCUCGAGGCGAAGAACAACAUGAUUGGAACAAUGAUUAAGGCACUUAUGUCGAAGCCUUACGUGACGGCAUAUGUCCUUCCCGGAAUGUGUGGACUUGUUACAUUGAUCAGUGACUAUGGGUGGUGGGGCAGAGACCCAUUCUUAUAUACCGCCAUAUGGGACCGUCUCCGCCAGACAUUGCUGCUGCCCGAUACUCACAAAUGGUGCCUCUUCCUUCCCGCCUUCACAGCUGCCCUCUCAUCUCUCCUAAAGGCAAUCACACCAAGCCUUACGUCGCGGCCCUUCUUAGCAUCGACCAACCACCCCCACAUCCUAGGCGAAAUGCUCCUCUCCAACCGUUGGAACUUCAUUCUCACCGUUAAGUUUCUAAAGUUCCUCCUCGAAACGGAGCACACCCAGCACUGUACCACGUGCGGUGUUCCGCUCUUCAUCCCCAUCUCGGGGUUCCUCCGACUUGUCCUCAGCCAUCACCCACCGUGGCAACGUGACCUGCACCUCUCCCAGGGGAUGGGAAAACACGCCGUUCUGGAGUGGGAUGGGGUCGAGAAGAGGGUCCGUGAGCUUGCGGAGCAAGGAAGAAAGUGGGAUGCCGAUGCACUGAUGACUGUCGUUGAGUGCUUUGAGUACCCAAAGAAGAAGAUGCUUAGAGUCUGGUUGAUGCGCGAGCUCAAAGCUGGUGGUCCGGAGAAGGAGGACAUGGUGAGGUUCAGAGGACGUUAUGCUCAAUUCAAGCUGAACGACGAUGCGGGUGUUUUGGUGGUUGUUUAG